AUGGUGAUACUCAAGAAGAAGAAGCUUUUAGAGCAAGAGGAAGAGAAGUACUAUUGUCGAUUAUGCGAUAAGAGAUUCAGUAGUGGGAGAGCGUUGGGCGGGCAUAUGCGGGUCCACGAGAUGUUCAAUAUUCAACACAUCCUCCACCAGAAUGAAGGUUCAUCCACCACAGGAACUGAAGGGGAGUCCUCAGACGACAACCGUCACCUUACUAGUCACAUUUGUCAAAACUGUUGCGAAGAAUUCUGUUCAUUGAAAUCAUUGUCUAAGCAUUGUUUUCGCGGUCACAUUGGUGCUGGCGGGGACGAUGGAGAGAAUGACAUCUCAAAUGGCCUUUUUACCCUUCAUUUACCUGAUCUAGAACUCCUACUCCACCUCUUGUGCUUACCGAAGAAGAGCAUGUCACUAAUUGUCUUGUUUGGCUCUCCACUGUCCGUGCAAACCCUGUAG